AGGGUCCUGGGGCUGAGAUGACAGGACAAGAAUGUGCUAACGAGGCAGGUCCUCUGCUGGUCCACACAGGUACCUGUGGACUUUGAGAGGGGACUAAGAACUGAGGAGAGGAGGGGAGAGGGAAGGGGAUGAGAAGGGUGGUGCUGGGAGGGAAAGGAGGCGGGGCCAAGGAAAACACUGAGUGAGCCUGUCCCGCAACCUCUGAGCCACUGAGCUCCCUGCUGGCAGCAUACACAGGCUGCACCAUGAAGCUUGCCGUCUGGCCUUGGAUCUUGAUGCUGCUAGCGACAGUCCCCGGCCAAGGGCCCAGGCCCAUAGCAGGUGCCCAGGGGAGCUGCUCUCUGCGCUGUGGGGAACAGGAUGGACCCUGCUCCUGUCACCCAACCUGCUCGGGCCUCAGCACCUGUUGUAAAGACUUCCAGGAGUACUGCCUAGAGAUUUCACCCUCUUCAGGCUCCAUGAUGGGUGGCAAGGACUUUGUGGUGCAGCAUUUAAACUGGUUUCAACCCACGGAUGGUGUCAUUUGCAGGUUUAAGGAGAGUGUCCAGACCCUUGGCUAUGUUGACUCCUCUGGGCAGGUGCACUGUGUGUCUCCCUUGCUCUAUGAGAGUGGCCGAAUUCCUUUCACUGUCUCCAUGGACAAUGGCCGUUCCUUCUCUCGGUCAGGCACCUGGAUAGCUGCACACCCGUACAAAGUGUCAGAGUCUGAGAAGAGCCAGCUGGUGAAUGAGACCCACUGGCAAUAUUACGGCACCUCAGACAGCAUGGGGAACCUCAGCCUCACUUGGAACACCUCGGUGCUGCCUACACCAACUGUCACCAUUGAGCUGUGGGGCUAUGAUGAGACAGGGGAGCCCUACUCUGAGAAGUGGACAGCAAAGUGGUCCUAUCUGUAUCCUUUGGCCACAAACAUCCCCAACUCUGGCUUCUUCACUUUUACUCCAAAGCCUGCACCUCUUGCCUACCAGAGGUGGAAAGUGGGCGCUCUGAGGAUCAUUAGCAGCAAGAACUAUGCAGGGGAGCAAGAUGUACUGGCGCUCUGGACCAAUGAUCACGCACUGGCCUGGCACCUGGGUGAUGAUUUCCGAGCAGACUCUGUGACCUGGGCCCGAGCACAGUGUCUGGCCUGGGAGGCACAAGAAGAUCAGUUGCCCAACUUCCUGACAGAGUUGCCUGACUGUCCCUGCACCCUGGCCCAGGCCCGGGCUGACUCUGGCCGCUUCUUCACUGACUAUGGUUGUGAUAUUGAGCACGGCAGCGUUUGCACCUACCACCCAGGGGCUGUGCACUGUGUGCGCUCCGUGCAGGCCAGCCCCAGGUAUGGCUCAGGCCAACAAUGCUGCUACACAGAAGCAGGCACGCAGCUCCUGACUUCAGAUUCGACAAGUGGCAGCACCCCUGACCGUGGCCAUGACUGGGGUGCACCCCCAUACCGCACCCCUCCCAGGGUACCCAGCAUGUCCCACUGGCUUUAUGACGUCAUCAGCUUCUACUACUGUUGCCUCUGGGCACCUGAGUGCCACCGCUAUAUGAAGCGGCGGCCUUCCAGUGACUGCCGCAGCUACAAGCCCCCACGCCUGGCUUCUGCCUUUGGGGAUCCCCACUUUGUCACCUUUGAUGGCACCAGCUUCUCAUUCAGUGGGCAUGGCGAGUAUGUGCUGCUGGAGGCGUCACUGACUGACCUGAGGGUGCAGGGACGGGCCCAGCCUGGGACAAUGCCCAAUGGUACCCAGGCACAUGGCACAGGGCUGACUGCGGUGGCUGUCCAAGAAGACACCUCAGAUAUACUAGAGGUGCGGUUAGCUGGCUGGCGUGGGGCCCUGGAAGUGUUGCUGAAUCAUGAAGCACUCAGCUUCACUGAGCAGAAUUGGAUGGACCUAAAGGGCAUGUUCCUGUCAGUGGCCUCUGAGGAUAAAGUGUCAAUCAUGCUGUCAUCGGGGGCUGGCCUAGAGGUCAGUGUACAAGGCCCUUUCCUGAGUUUGGCCAUCCUGCUACCUCAGAAGUUCCUGACCCACACCCACGGUCUUCUCGGGACACUCAAUGAUAACCCCUCUGACGACUUUACCCUGCGGAAUGGGCAAGUCCUGCCUGUGAAUGCCAGCGCUCAGCAGGUGUUCCAGUUUGGAGCCAAUUGGACCGUGUACAACACCUCUUCUUUGUUCACAUAUGACUCUGAGUUUUUGCUCCACAACUACGUGAACCAACCCAAGCAUGACCCCAACUUCAAGCCCCUCUUCCCCAAUGAGAUCACACUCAGCCCCAGCCAGUCAGAAGAAGUGACCAGACUAUGUGAGGGUGACCCUUUCUGCAUGCUCGAUGUAAUGAGCACAGGGAGCUUAAGUGUGGGCAAUUCCACACGGUUUGCCCACCAACUGCACCAGGAUCGCCUGAGGAACCUCCAGCCCGUGGUAUCCUGUGGCUGGCUGUCCCCCCCUUCCAAUGGACACAAGGAGGGCUUGAAGUACCUGGCGGGCUCUGUUAUCCGCUUCGGCUGCAACAGUGGCUACAGCUUGGCCGGGGCAGAGAUUAGCACCUGCCUGGCUGAUGGCACCUGGUCUGCACCUACCCCAGAGUGCCAGUCAGGACGGAACUACACUGUGUUGCUGAGCAUCAUCUUCGGAGGCCUGGCCAUAGUGGCACUGGUCACUGUCAUCUAUGUGUUGCUGAGCCGCCACAGGAAAGGCAAUGUAAGCGUGUGGCGUUCACAGCCUUGAGACAAGAGCAUGCUUGGCCAGCAUUGUGAGGCCAUGUGAGGGCCAAGACCCAGGCAGCCUCCCAGGAGAAGCACAUAUAACAUGCACCCUAGUCCUGUGAGUCCCACAUCUGCACCUUCAACACUGUGGACUCCAUACUGGUGCCUCAUCAGUUACUUCUGACUAAGACAUGAUGCCAGAUGUUUAACUCCCAAAUCUCGCCCUCCCUCAUGCCCGCCAUCAAUAAUCUGUGCUCUGUUCAUCUGUUACUUGUGGCUCUAAUUCCCCAGACCUGAGGAGUGGUCUGCCUGGCCUGCUCUGGAACUGAAGUACCCAUGUCCCAAGCCCUAAUACUCUUACAUUGGAAACUUCCAUUCCAGUCUCUCACUCCCCAAAGUCUGAUAGACAGAGGCUGAUGCCUGGCCUCCUGUGAAUGUCCCAGAGCUGAACUGUCUUGGUUGCCACACCACCACCCAACUUGAGAACCCAGCUGGACCCAGCCUGAGGGUGAGGAGAGGCCUUGUCUGAGCAGAGAGCAAAUCCUUCAGCAGAGACAAGGCCACCCUUGCCACUCCAGACUUGUAUUUCUACAUCUUCUGGACCUGGCUCAGGAACACCCUUCCCUGCCUGUACAAGAAGAAAACAAGUUCACAAUACCUCUUUCCUGGUGUGCCUGCUGCUCAUGCCACAUUACGCUUCUGGGAUGUUCGACAGCUUCCCUAUGAGGUCACCCACUAAUAGCAUCAGGCUCCAAGUCCUGCUUGCUUCCUCCACUCCCAGCUCACCUGGCAUGGACCCCAGCUUUCCCAGGAGGAGAUCAAGGAUACUGAUGGAUAGAGCAGGAAGAGUGAUGUUUGCAAAGGGCUUAACAGGGGUUGUCACUUUGGGUGCUCAGGAGAGAGACAGGUGCUAUCUGACCACAUCCCUGCAAACCAGGCGCCUGAGCAUCACCAUGAUGGCGGUGGUUGCUAUUGUCUGUGUUGCUACACUACAGGAAGGGUAACGUCCUACCCUGGUGUUCCCUGAGAAAAGAUGCCAGCUGGCACCACCUGCCUGCACCCCCAGCCCUGCCCUCGGCACUGCCUUUAAGUGACAGAUCUUUGGGGACAGUCACUGGUAGGGCCAUGCCCAACUUCUCAGAUGACCAGGACCCAUGCUCCUCAGCACAGAUGUCCAGAAGCUAGGUACAGACUAAGCCUCAUGUUACUUGCCCUGCUCACCCUUACCUGCCCUCCUCUCGGCCUAGGCAUUAAGGGAAAGCCAAGGAAGCACAGACUAGGAGCACCCGAAGGUCAAGCAGGGCCCAAAGACCUCCAAGGUGGGAAAGGCCACUGAAUGAGGGAUGUAAAGGGCCUAGGCAGAGUAGGGAAAUGUCAGGUUUGCAUCUUAGAUCUCAGACCAAAAAAAUGUGGCAGACCCAUGGAGAACCUGGAUGGGAAGUUCUUUAAGGCACUAGUGAAUUUAGUGAUCUGCAAUUCCUGGAGCAGGCACACGAGGGUAGCAGAGGGCGGGAACAGCCCGUGCUGGCAGCUAGGGACGCUCCAAGUCCUAGGUGGCUGGGAAGGACAGUCAGCCCCUGUAGCUUGGUCACACUCAAGGCCAAGGCCCCUGCACAUUCUAUACCCUAUAUCCCUUUACCUGAGAGGACCGUUUGGACACUGUCCAGUCUCAGGAGUCUCAGAAAGCUUGUACCUGUUAUCCAGCUGGCACCGGCUGAGGAGCCUAGCCCUACAGCCUUGCUCUUGGCCAAAAGUCCUGGCCAGACUUGGAAGAGCUGAGUGGCAGUGGAAGGUUCCAUUUGAGGGUGUUCUGGAGGAACUGUAUGAUGGGGUGACCAGCAUGAUGUGGGUUAGUGGCUGGGAGCUGGAGAUCCGGGAAGAUGGAGAGCCUAGAAGUCUAGAGAGGGUAACCUUGUGGGUCUGUCUUCCCAUCUCCACCUCCUUCAUUGGGUUUGCAGGUCAGGAUAGGGUGGGGCUGAGGACUCUGCCUUGGCUACUGGGCUGGUACUUUCCUCUCUGCAGAUGAGGUAAAGUAGGGCUCGCCUCCCACUGCCUGAGUUCCCACAGGGUCUCUGAGCCAAGCUAAACCAGGCCAACCACUUAGUGGGGAGGUUAGCUUCUUGGUCAAGGCCAGGAUACAUGGGAAUGGGGAGGUAGGGGGAGCGGGUCCCAGGAGGGUAGGAACAGCUACAUGCCUCUGCAGGUCUAGCCCAAUGUCUAGGCAAUAUCCACACCAAGAUCACAAGGUUGUAAGUUGGGUAUAGCAAUAUACUUGUAGUCCUAGCUACUCAAGAAGCUAAAGCACGAGGAUUGCUUGAGCUCUGAGUUUGGGGCCAGCCUGUGCACCAUGAAUGAGGUCCCAUCUCUUGAAAAAAGAUAAGUUGGAUCCUCAGAACUGGCCAGGGGUCAUUCGGGUAACAAGAAUAGCCUGAGCAAAGGCUCACAGGGAGAAAUGGGUAGUCAAAGUCCUGUCUGAGGAACAGUGAGGGUAUGUGGGGGACCAGCCAAGGUGGCUCUCUUGCCAGGACCAAAGUAUUGAGACUUCAUCCUGAGUAAACCAUGCCUACUUCAGGCUUUCCCACUGCAACCCGUCUCCAGGAUGGGCCCUGAAUCUGCCCAGAUACAUCUCAAGAAAGAGGUGCCUGACCCCAAACAGCUGAUAUUCUUAGUGCCAGGGACAAGCCAGACUGGGAAGCCCCACCACCUGACAGGGACUUUCCCAGGGGUCUAGAGAAGACAGGUGCUGCUGGGCCUGUGUGAAGGUAGAAAGUACCAUGGCAGACACGGACCCUCUGGAGACCUUAGCCUUGGAGAGGUGUCUAUCAAACAGCAGCCCGAAGGCUUGCAAGAGGGCAUAAACACUGCAAGUUUAUGGACAGCCUACCUCAGGCUAGAGUGAUAGAAUAGCCAAAUACCGGAACCCAGUGGACUGCUCUCCAGGGCUUGUACCCAUAGACGAGGGUAAAACAGUAAUCCAGGGACUUGGAAAGAGAUGAUGGGAGAAUCAGGAUCCAACAGGAGCCAGUGAAGCACCCACAAGAUCCUACCGCCACCGCUGGGCAGAGGGAUAAAGGAAAUGUGUGCCCCUGGGGCCCAGGUCCCCAUGGAAGCCAGAAUUGCGCAGGCCUUGUAGGUCUGCCCAGGGAGAGUAACAGACCCAAAGUGCCACUGCAGACUCUGGCCACUGAAGCAGAGGGAAGUACUUACUUCUGUUCUCCAGCCUCCCACUAGAGCCUCUUUCUGGAUGAGAACAGUUGGGAGGAGACACAAUGGAGAACCAUGGGACCCCCUCCCCUUCUGUCAGGAUGAUUCCCUCAGAAAGCCCCGAGUGACUGAGGGUCACUUGGAGGCCAGACUUCUACUAGACUUGCUAGAGAGCCCCUGUCCUCACGUCUAUUGCUAUCUGGGGACAAGUAGAUCUCAGCACAUGUGGGUCUAGGAAGUCAGAAGUUGGAGGUGCCUGGCUCCAGCUUAGUUUCUGAGAAUGAACAUCAGUUAGGAAAGAGAGGCUGACCAGAUGCCUGCUCAUAUCUCAGCAACCUGCACCUGCAGACCCACUUCCAGCCAUGCGCUAUGCCACAUUUCCCAGUAUCCCUUGUAGCUGGGGUGGUUACAUGGCUACAUUUGCUGGGCAGGCCUUGUGAACUGAGGAUUGAGGAGAUAUUGCCAAUCCAAGUUCAUAAAAUCCCUUCAAUACACCUGCAAGCUCUUGUCUGUUCUCCUGCCACUCCAAGGAUAACUUUGGAAGCUAUGCCAAUCUGGGUCGCUGUUAGAUUCCAGCAUGGGACACCCCUCCACCACCACCUCAUGUUCAAUCAUCCUGUAGUGCUCUGAGAGCAAGAAAUAAACUUC